AUGAACAGGCUCGUGAUCCCAGAAAGCUUAAGCAACAGCACCAAACUGGAAGCUGCAAUGAGAGAGAUUGAGGAGUUGAAAUCUAAAAGUGGAUGGGGUCAAGAAAAAGGCGAGAAUGCAGAGGAGAGGGGACUUUCUCGUGAUCUUGGCGAGGUGCAGAAAACAAAACCCAAAGUUUCUGAAGUAAGAAAUGGGAUUCUAAUGAAAGAUAUUCCACUUGACCAUGUCUCAGAUGGCUCAGUACAUGGAAUAAGCAGAAGGGGUAACGUUGGGGCAGAUGAACAGAUGCUUGGGUUAUGGGAAACAGCUGAAGAGGACUGCAGCCAGGAUCCAGCUGGGAAAAAGUCACAAAAGCAGGCAUUUGAGCCAACAGAUGAUGAUAUUUUGUACCAUCAAUUGCAAGAUAUAGAGCAGAGGAGCGAGCAUCCCUCUUCUGAGCUACAAGUGGAAAAGGAGCUAGGCGUUGACCAGAUGAAGGUAUUUGCAGGUGUUACUGAGGCAAACCGGGGAAAGAAUAGAAAGAUCCUGGAGAGGCUUGCUUCUGAUGCGCAGAAAUUGGCUAGUCUUCAGCUAACAGUGCAAGAUUUGACAAGGACAUUGGAGACAAAAAAGAAGAGCAAAAAGUCUAAGGAUGUUGAUUUUGAAACGGUGAAGGAGCAGUUACAGGAAGUCGAGGAAAGUGUUGUGCAGCUUGUGGAUUUCAAUGGUCAGUUGAUGAAAAAAAUUGAAGAAUGUCCCUCAAGUUCAGAUGGAAAGGAUUCAGCAGAAUCUGUGGAGGCUGUGAAUGUCCAGAGAAAGAAAGUUUCAGAACAGGCACGAAAAGGGUCUGAAAAGAUUGGACGAUUGCAGUUGGAGAUUCAGAAAAUUCAAUAUCUCUUGCUGAAAAUGGAGGAUGGAAAGAAACACAAAGGGAGAAGCAGAUUUUCCAGGAGUAGAACAACCAUUAUACUGAGGGACUUCGUUUACAGCAGCCGGAGGAGAAGUAGUGCACCGCAAAAGAAGUCCCCCCUUUGUGGAUGCUUCAAACCUUCAACUAAUGGAGAUCGUAACCACAUAUAA